UUGAACGUCCAAACCAGGCAGUAGACAGACGUUUGAUGCACAAAAGUGAAUCGCUAAAAUGUGUCUGGACACCCUUAAAAAAAUGUGUCCGAGCAGCAUGGUCCAAACAUUUACAAGCGAUUCGAUGGAUCGGGUUGGAGUCGCCCCGAGGGAAUGUCCGCUCCGAAGGAAUGGCAAUCGGCUAUUCACCGCCGCUUUCCACGUUUACUUUUUUUUUUCGACUUUCCACGUUUACCUUUUUUCUAGAAGACUUUCCACGUUUACCUACUAGGAAGCAAAGGGGCGCUGGGCUUGUGUCCAACAGAGAUACGGCCCGCGCAAGUUUCCCUAAAAAAAAAACACAAUCCCCACGCGCGCCCCCGAAAGGCCGAAACCAGAUCCGAAACCACGAGCCCAAGAUUUUCCGUCCGUCGUCGCGCCUAGACUUCACCUGCCGGGAUCGAUCUGCUCCCACCAGCCGUCCGGCGUGUUCCGUCGAUGGGAUACUGGUUCUUCGGCGGCCACGGCGGCUUCUACAUACCCUCCUAUGACGGGAGCCAGUCUCGACCCGCUGGCCCUCACCGGCCGCUGCUGUAUGGUACUGUGCCAUACGAGGAGCAGAUCCGCCGGAUGGAAGAAGGCGUCCGCCUCCGUCAACGGCCACCGCCCAACCCCACAGUCUGGAAAUACUUCAAGAUCCUCACUAGGUGUUUCAUGGCCGCGAUGAGUAUCACUAUGAUGGCUUGGAUAUUCGUGGCGCGAUAUUUCAACUGGAAUCCUGAUGUGCAGGACCCCUACAAGAUGAUGGCACUGCUUCUUUGUUCUCUCAUACCGGUGGGAUUCGGUUUCAUGAUAACCGAAGAAGAUCAGGGGGAGGCACCGCACGGUUGAAUGGUGUGGAUAUGGCUAGGAUUUGUGCAUUUCUCUGGUAGAGAGGGGGUCGAGAGAAGGAUAAAGGAGAUACCAGAACUAGUUACUCUAGGUUUUCAUCUGAAAUUCUACUUUCCAUUACAGAAGGAAUCGGCAUAUAUAUGGUUGAGUACAAUGAUUCACUGCAGUAACAGUGGUUGAAUUGUAAAGUUAAAAGCUUAACAGUUAAA